UAACAUAAUAUUGAGCAAAAAAAAUAUUGAAAAUAUAUAGGGGGAGAGGUACAUAGGCAAGAAGAGUCAUCUCUCAAGAAUAAGGCGUGCUUUGCGCUUGAGAGAGCACUAAAGUGAGAGAAAGUAAAACAUUCGAGAGAGAGAGGGAAAGAAAACCAGGGAAGAGAAAGAAGGGAAGUUGAGUUUGGUGGGGGUUGUUAAUGGCGAUUUGGACGAAGUGAAAACAGAAGUGGGUGUUUUGAGAAAAUCUGGCAUUUGGCUUUGUUUGAUAACAGCUCAGAAGGGAUCGUUAUUUUUCUUGGCUUUUCACGGUGUUUGGCCUUGCUGGGUCUUUGAAUAUCUCGUCCUUUAGCUUUGUGGGCUGUUAAAAAGACAAAACAUUAGCAGGAUUCAGCAAGGAAUACCCUCUAUUUUUAGCGCUCGAGGUGGUUUUCUGUUUUUUGGUGUUGAAAUUCAACCAAGGAAAGGAAGAAAAGCUUUAUAGAAAUGGAGUGGAGUGCUUGUUUGGAUGAGUAUGAAAAGCUUGUUAUAAGGAUGACCACUCCCAGGGUUGUCAUCGACAAUGCCGUUUGCCCCACUGCAACUAUAGUCAAGGUUGACAGUGCCAGGAAACAUGGAAUUUUGCUCGAGGCUGUUCAGGUUCUCACGGAUCUGAACCUUUCAAUUAAAAAAGCUUACAUUUCUUCCGAUGGACGAUGGUUCAUGGAUGUUUUUCAUGUGACUGAUGUAAACGGAAAUAAAUUGACAGACGAGAGCGUUAUUAACUACAUUGAACAGUCACUUGGUACCAUUCACUAUGGCAGGACCCUUGAUUUUAACGGUUUAACAGCAUUAGAACUAACUGGCACGGACAGGGUUGGCCUUCUCUCGGAGGUCUUUGCUGUGCUAGCUGACCUGCAAUGUGAUGUGGUAGAGGCUAAAGUUUGGACUCACAAUGGCCGAAUUGCUUCAUUCAUUCAUGUAAAGGACUGCAAUUCAGGGUCCCCUAUUGAGGAUUCACAACAAAUUGAUAGAAUUGAGUCUCGCUUAAGGAGUGUGCUUAAGGGGGAUAAUGACAUUAGGAGUGCGAAAACAUCAGUUUCUAUGGCUGUCGCACAUACAGAAAGAAGAUUGCAUCAAAUGAUGUUUGCUGAUAGGGAUUAUGAACGGAAGCCUAUUUUGCGGCUUAGUGCUGAUUCUCCUGUGGUUACGGUUCAAAAUUGGAUCGAGAGAGGUUAUUCAGUUGUUAAUGUUCAAUGCAAGGAUCGAAUGAAACUUUUGUUUGAUGUUGUUAGCAACUUGACAGACAUGGAAUAUGUUGUAUUUCAUGGCACAAUCAACACAGCUGGGGAUAGGGCAUAUCUGGAAUUCUACAUUAAACACACUGAUGGAACCCCGAUUAGCUCAGAACCUGAAAGGCAGAGGGUUAUCCAGUGCUUACAAGCUGCAGUUGAGAGAAGAGCAUCUGAGGGUGUAACGCUAGAAUUAUGCACCCCAGAUAGACAGGGUCUUUUAGCAGAUGUGACAAGAACAUUUAGAGAGAAUGGUCUCAAUGUGACAAGGGCCGAAAUUUCCACCUCUAGAGAGAUGGCUGCAAAUGUAUUCUACGUAACAGAUGCAAUUGGUAUCCCAGCAGAUCCUAAGAUAAUUGACUCAGUUCGGCAAAAAAUUGGAUUGAGUAAAUUGAAAGUGAAGGAACUGCCACCACUUGUAUACCAUCAAGAGGCCGAAAGGGAAGAGCAAGGGGUAGGAGUUGCUGGGACAGUGUUGUUAUCACUUGGGAGCUUAGUGAGAAGGAAUCUGUACAAUUUGGGAUUGAUCAGAUCAUAUUCUUAAUGUGAAACAUAAAAGGCAAAUUGGGUUGAGAAAGAGACAUGUCGGCAUCUCUUCUGAGGUGAGCAAUAUUCUUUGCUUCAGGUUUGGGCUUGGCUUGUGUACAUAAGGCAAAAGGUCGAAUUUGGUGAUAGUAGCAUUAGUAGUAGUUGGUUAUAGUUGAUUUGGUUGGUUGAAUGGAUAAAGAGACAGAUUGAGGGGUUGUUCCACCACAUCAUAUAUUUUAAAGAAAGACAUGAUUGGUUUGAAGGAAAGAUCUGAAUUUGGAGAAUUGAAAUAUAGAAAGUAGGAGGUGUUGGUGGAGGGUUGUGAUAAAUAUUAGCUUUGUUGUUGGGAGAAAGAAGAAAAUUAGGUAAAUUUGAAAAGAAUGACUUCAUAUACAGCACACUGUUGUACAUAACGACCUCUUAAUGUAUUAGCUUUAAUGGUAGACUUGAUUAUUCUUUUA